AUGCUCUACAUGAUGACCUGCAAUGCUGAGGCUAUUCGUCAAAUUACGUCUCGGAGAGAGCAUUUCCCCAAAUAUGUGGAAUCAUACGAGAUCUUACGAGUGUUUGGCGACAACGUUCUGACUUCAGAAGGCGCCGUCUGGCGAAACCACAGGAAGGUGACCUCAGCAUCAUUCAAUGAAAGAAACGCUGCUCUUGUCUUCCAAGAAGCUAUCCACCAGGCACAGGGGUUGGUAAAUAUGUGGAUGGGACCAGGUGGUGAAGACAGUGGAACGAUCAACACACUUGACCAGGACACUAUGAGGCUAGCUCUCCACAUUAUUGCUUAUGUUGGAUUUGGUCUCAAGUUACUGUGGCCCGGAGAGUCUCUACCAGCGAAGGCCAAUCCGAAAAUGGCGAAGUAUGGUUCGCCAGAGGCCACUGCAGGUCACAAGAUGAGUUUUGUGACCACAAUUGCGACUGCUUUGGAGUGCAUUCUACUCAUUCUGCUCGUUCCACGAUGGAUAUUGACAAUGAUACCUUUCAAGAAGACACGACUUGCAGCAGAUUCCCAUGAUGAGUUCAGCAAGUAUAUGCACGAGUUGAUGGACGAGAAGAUCGAAGAAGCUCGAAAAGGCGAGCAUGUCGACGGUAUGGACCUAAUGGGCCAGCUAGUAAGAUCUAGUUACGCGACUGGUACAGGCGAAGGCAUGCAAUCCAAGAAAGGUGCAUUGUCACGAGACGAGAUCCAAGGGAAUGCCUUUAUCAUGCUCGUCGCCGGACACGAGACCACCGCUGGAGCGCUGCACUUCAUCCUGCUAGAACUGGCAAAUAAUCCAGCAUCUCAGAGAAGAUUGCAUAAUGAUAUUGACGAGAUCUUUGGAGGAAAAGAACCAAGCUCGUGGGAUUAUGAUGCCCUGAUCAAUCCGAUGAUGGCCAGCAUGCUAGGCGCCUGCAUGAACGAGACUCUUAGGAUGACGCCUGCAGUCGUUGAAAUACCAAAGAAAGUGCCUCCGAAACAAGAGCAGGUCAUCACUAUCGACGGAAACAGCCACCUGAUCCCCGGAAGUACAAUCAUCUCCUUGGUAGCCGUAUCGAUUCAUCGAAACCCACGAUACUGGCCUGGGAGACCAAGCCAUAUCUAUGCUGGCGAGGACGACAUCAAUGACUGGGUACCUGAAAGAUGGUAUAGAUCCUAUGAGGCUGCAUCAAAGCCGACAGAGUCAGAUAUUGCUUCCUCUGAGAACGAGGAUUUUGGUGGAUACAAGGGCCCUGAUACAAGCUCGCAGCUCUUUCGGCCAGAAAGGGGCGCAUAUAUCCCCUUCAGUGACGGGCCUAGAUCAUGUCUCGGCCGCCGGAUUGCUCAAGUGGAAAUCAUCGCCGCGCUCGCGGUGCUCUUCCGGGACUAUAGCUUAGAGCUGGGGGUGGAUGAGUGGGCAAAUGAUGAGGAUAUCGAGAGGAUGAACAAAGAAGGAAGACGCGAAGUCUAUGCCAAAGCCCAAUCUGCAAGCCGGGCCAAGAUAUUGGGCGCGACCUCACUGUUGACGCUCAAGAUGAAUGGUGAUUACGUACCGGUAAGAAUGGUCAAGAGGGGACAGGAAAGGUUUGUGAGUUGGGUAUAG